UCUUUCGCCAACCAGUUUUAUAUUGAGUCUCAAAUAAUAAUGUUUAUAAAAAACCAAUAGGUAGGUUUGGAUCAUUAGAUCAUUAGCACAUUCAGACGCGGAAAUAGAUAAUACGAGAACAAACAAUGUUAUAAACGUCGCGAAUCUUUUGUGUCGAUGCGAAAUUUAGAAGUAAAAUUAGUAUCUAGUGAUUACGUCAGGAUGGGGAGCGGCCCCCACCACCCACAAAGACGAAUAUUUCAUAUUAAUUGCGUUCUUGGUGGUCAUACAAUAUCGCAUUCGAGAAUAAUGGCUCUUUUUUCAACAAAUUUUACGGGUAUCGCGUUACUAAUUAAAUUUCUAGUUCGGGGUAACUCCUUGAAAGGCCCAACGUUAAAGGAAACCGUUUUGAAAACUUCGAGCUAACCAAAUUUCUAAAGAGCGAGAAUUUUGGGUGGGUGUUACAUUCAUCCUUGACCGCUUAGAAUAAAGUGAAAUAUGAGUAAUAAUUUAUUUUUUUUACAAAUAGUAAUGUUUAGUAAGUUUCCUGUAGUAGAUACGAUUUGCCACAUGGACCUAUUACGGGUCUUAUAUGAAUCUCAUUCAAGAUAUUUGCUUGAAAUCGGGAUUUAUAUUUUCCCUGUCUAAUUCUUUAGGUACAUCUAGAUUAUCUUUUAAUUUUAUUUAGAUAUACAAUAUAAAUCUUUUAUUUAUAAAGAAAAACAAAACUUUUCACUCCAUCUUAAACCAUUGCAACAAAUGCGCUGGAAAAUUACGCUUCACAUCUAAAAGUCGGUAGAUCAUAAUAAAAGUGGAAAAUCCAAUAAUUUUAUUAACCUCGGUCUAAAUUAAAUUCACUCUGUAUACGAAUAAAUAAUAGCAACAUGGCAAAUAAUUUAUAUUGUUUAUUAUUUAAAGUUUUAAAUAUUUAGCCUUGUUUGCAAUUUCAAUUUUCGUGCGAACUGCAAACGUAACAUUUUAAUGACCCUAAUAAUAUUCCUCCAUACUUAUUGUAACCCAAUCUUGAGUAGGUAGCAUCUUUUGCGAAAAAUGAGAAAGAUUCUGUUUAUAACUUUGGCAAUUAUUUCACUUUUUGCCGUUCUGCAAGGAACUCCUUUGGAUUCCUCUAGCGCAGAAGACGCAUUUAUUACCCAAGAUACUACGCAAGCAGGAAUAACCGAGAGCAAAGACAACAAAACUGAAGAAAAACUUGAAACCAAACAACAAGAAAAUGAUAGCAAUGAAGAAGAAGAAAACGAAAAUAACGAUAUUCCGGAGAAAUACGCUAGACCUUCAUUGUUUAAAAAAAUUUUAGAACCUGAGGAGAGUAGAGAAGAACCAGAGCCGGUUCCGUGCACUUGCGGGGUUUUCUUGAGCGGGCAGUUUAAGAAAGGAUCCAAGAAACAACCGAAAGGGUUGCCUGUUUUGACGCAGGAAAUGGACACCCCUUUUAUGAAUAAUGCAGUGGGCAACCGCCAGUGCACGAACAAGUGCUUGGAGCUGAUAAUCAAGCACUUGCCCAAGAGUAAUGAGAUAAUUUGUGCUACGGUUGAUAGAGAGCAUGUUUAUAAGGAGAGAGCGUACCUAUUCGUGAAAAACCACAGCGACAAAUGGCACGGAACAAACCUGUCAGCUGGUAGGGAAUUUUGUUGUCGAGAUAACGUUCCAUAUAAAUGCCC